AUGCAGGACGCCUGGACUGCUCGCAAACCCGAGGAGAUCCAAGGCUACGCGGACCGCAACGAAUGGAAGAACUUCUUCUCUGUGGUCAAAGCUGUCUACGGUCCGACGACGAAGGACACUGCUCCUCUCCUCAGCGCCGACGGUAGCACUCUCCUGACUGAGAAGACACAAAUUCUAACGCGACGAACCGAGCAUUUUCGAGGCGUCCUCAACCGCCCUUUUGCCAUCUCUGACGCCGCCAUCGAGCGUUUGCCGCAAGUGGAGACCAACGUGGACCUCGACCUCCCGCCAUCUCUCCAGGAAACCGUAAGGGCCGUGCAGCAGCUCUCCAGCGGGAAAGCACCCGGAUCGGACGCAAUCCCUGCUGAGGUCUACAAGCACGGAGGUCCCCUACUGAUGGAUCACCUGACUGCGCUCUUCCAGGAGAUGUGGCGUCAAGGCGAAGUCCCGCAAGAUUUCAAGGACGCAACCAUCGUGCAUCUCUACAAGCGCAAAGGGAAUCGCCAAGUCUGCGACAAUCACCGCGGCAUCUCCCGACUGAACAUCGGCGGGAAGAUCUUCGCACGAAUCCUCCUCAACCGUCUCAAUAACCAUCUCGAACAGGGCCUUCUGCCUGAAAGCCAAUGUGGCUUCCGUCGUCAUCGUGGGACCACGGAUAUGAUCUUCGCCGCCCGUCAACUUCAGGAGAAGUGCCAGGAGAUACCGACCCACCUGAAAUCUACCUUCGUGGACCUGACGAAAGCCUUCGACACGGUGAAUCGUGAAGGACUGUGGAAGAUCAUGCAGAAAUUCGGCUGUCCGGAGCGAUUCACCCAGAUGGAGCGUCAGCUGCACGAUGGUAUGAUGGCGCGAGUCACAGACAACGGAGCUGUCUCAGAGGCAUUCGCAGUGACCAAUGGAGUGAAGUAG